UGGCGCCGUCUGGUGGAUUCAAAAUAUUAACGCCAUCUUUGUCAGAAGAACCACUAAACAAUCGCAGUGGUGUUCGAAUCAGUAGCCAUCCUCCUAAUCGCCAAGCCUUUGUAGAGGUAUUCACCAUGAGUGGGGGAAUACCAUACUUAGGCAGUAGAAUAAGCCUAAUUUCGAAAGCAGAAAUACGCUAUGAGGGUAUUUUGUAUACUAUUGAUCCCAACGAGUCAACGGUUGCACUUGCCAAAGUGAGGUCUUUUGGAACAGAAGAUAGACCAACUGAUAGACCAGUGCCUCCGAGGGAUGAAAUUUUUGAGUACAUUAUUUUUCGAGGAAGUGAUAUCAAGGAUCUUCAUGUUUGUGAACCACCUAAACCCCUUUCACAGGGGUUGCCACAGGAUCCAGCAAUUGUAAAGUCAUCACAGCCCUCAGGGGGAGGUUCACAUGCACAGACGUGUUUUGGUGCACCAACCUAUCAACCUUUUGGUGGUCCACAACUGUAUGGGCAAUAUGGUCAACAAAGUAGUGCAGCUAGUCAGGGCUUUGGAGGACUGUCCCAGUCAGGGGGCCCAGGUUCCCGUGGGCCCACUCCCACUCUUACCCGAGUGUCCCCAACUAUGGAUCAGGGGGUUCAAGUAAGCCCUUGGCAGCCUGUCAGGAAAUCUGGUUCUCGUGGACCAACUCCUCCUCCCAAUCGCAAGUCUCCAACAUCGGACCAAGGAACACAAGUGUCGUCCACUACUGGAAGUGUAUCAAGUAUCGACAAAGUGCCAGUUUCAGCGCCUCAACAGAAUCAGCACAAAUCGCGCGAACAAAAUGAGCAUCGGAAUGAUCACCGCUAUGAACAUCGCUAUGAUAACCGGCGAGGUAGGGGUGGCGGUGGUGGAAGAGAUCGAGAGGGCGAUGGCAACUAUCAAAAUAAACCUGUUUCAGCUACUUACUCCAGGGGACGAGGGAACAGAGGUGGCAGUGGUCCACCAAGAGGACAAGGGAAUGGUCCUGCAUACCGGGGUACAGGCAGUGGACCGAGGGGUGGUCCAAGGGGAGCACCCAGGGGCACAGGCAACAACAGAGGAAGACCUGGCCAGCCUAAAACACCACUCAAAUUUGAUGCGGAAUACGAUUUUGAGAGCGCCAAUGCACAGUUUGAUAAGGACAAGAUUGAAGAAGAACUGAAGAAAAAGUUAACAAUAUCUGAUGAGAAGGUAGUGAAUGGUGACAACAAAGAAGAAAAGAAGGAAGAAGGUGCUGAAGAACCCAGUGAAGUGAUUGAAGAAGAUGAGGCUGUCUUUUAUGAUAAGACAAAAUCCUUCUUUGACAACAUCAGUUGUGAAGCAACAGAGAGAGCUAAAGGUAAUGCCAGAAUGAGUUGGAGAGAGGAGAGGAAACUCAAUGCCGAGACAUUUGGAGUUUCUGAAAAUUUCCGUCGAAACUGGCGUGGCCGUGGAGGCUUCAGGGGUGGUUUCCGUGGGGGUCCUCGUGGCAGAGGCCGAGGUGGUGGUUAUGGAGGAUAUGGAGGUGGUGGUUAUGGGGGUGGAAGAGGAGGAUAUGCCAGGGGUGGUCGAAGAAAUCAAGGAUGGGUUGAGUAUGAUUACAAUGCAUCCAUGGAUCGCAGAGGCCAAACAAACAGGCGAGUGGGUGUGCAGUCUUAGUUUUGUGAAAUCCCAAAUGACGCAUGCGAUAACGAAACCAACAUGGCUCUAGCUUGGUGCAGGUGUAUUGCUCCCUGAGGAAACAUAAAAAACAUUGGGAAAAUGCAUUAUUGCUUCACCAGGGAAUGACUUGUUCAUCAAACCUACCGUACCUUUAAUGUCAGCAAAGAAGACAGUCACCGACCAGUCAUCUUCAUCAACUCUUCAUCCACAUUAUUUUCUACAAACAUAUCCUGGUUGGAAUUUCUGGAGCCAUGGACAACUCCCUCAAAUUGAGAACAUUGCUGUAAAAACGAGAUGAUUGAUAAGACUUCUGUGCUCUGUGGCUGAUGCCGACUACAGUGUCAUUGUGUUGAUGUUUUUUGGGUUGGAUGAGAGACAAAGGGACCUGUUUGUGAGAGUGGCCGAUCUCAAACCAAGUCGUUUGACCAGCCUGGUCCAAGCCAGCACAAAUUUGUUUUAGACUGUUAAUGCCAGAAUUUGUCACCUGAAUAAGCCAUUUUAGUAAGAGUGACAAUCUUCUGUCAGUGUAGCCACCAAAUGAUGGUGCUACUGCUGUUUGCAAGAGGGGCAGCAUUCACUAAAUACAUUAUGGCUGCAUGGUUUUUCAUUUUCGGUUAGCAUUUAAUCUCAUUAUUUCCUGUGUUAGCUGCAAACGUUAAGAGAUUAGAACAAAUGGAUUUCUUAAACGCUCGAGGUAGAAAAUGUGCAGAUUUCCAAUGAGUUGUUUCUACCAUGACAGUGACCUUUAAAUAUUGUUCAUAAAAAUAAAAAAAGAUUAUUUGAUGGCUAAUUUAUUGGCAACAAAACUCUAGUUGACAUAUCUUUCUUUUGAUUAAAAGUGCUUUAGUUACCAAAGUUAGACAUCUGUUUUGCUCUUUUACACAUUUGAGGUGCUUAGUCAUUUUGGUCAAGAGAUCAGUAUCAGAAUUGUAAAUCAAUGUCCAAUGAUUGGGCAGUUCAGAGACAAAUAAAAUAAAACAUUUGUCAUUCACUCGUU